UUAACCACUUCCCGUCCGGCCCAUGUACAUAAACGCUGGACGGGAGCAGUGCAGGAGCGGGUUGUCGUUCAUAAACGGCGCCCACAUUUUGCAGCCUGUGCGUGCACGGCACCACGAUCCGGUGCCCGCCGUGUCCGGAGGACACAGUGGAACACUGAUUGCUGUAUGGGACCUCUGUGUGAGGUCCCGAUCAUGUGAUCACUGAUUGGCCAAUCAGUGAUCACAUGAAUAGUAGUAAACAAGAUGUCACUUCUGACAUCAUUGCUUACUACAGUACUAGUGAAAUCUGUGAAUGAUCACAGAGGUCACAUGGUACAAGGCUAUUCACAACAGCCUUGUUCCAUGUGCCAAGCUGUGACCAAUCACAGCUCUCCAAGUA